CUUUUGUUACACACAUCCUUUACCCUGGUUACUCAUUGGUGUCCCUUCAGACCCCACGGCUCUUGGAUUCUUAGGAUUACGCGAAACAUUGAAAGAAAUUAAAAGAUGGCUCGUACCAAGCAGACCGCUCGUAAGUCAACUGGAGGAAAGGCGCCAAGGAAGCAGCUAGCCACAAAGGCUGCCAGGAAGAGCGCGCCUUCCACCGGUGGAGUCAAGAAGCCCCAUCGUUACAGGCCCGGUACCGUAGCCUUGAGGGAAAUCAGGCGCUACCAGAAGUCUACUGAGCUGCUGAUCCGCAAGCUGCCCUUCCAGCGCUUGGUGCGAGAGAUUGCUCAGGACUUCAAGACCGACCUGCGUUUCCAGAGCGCGGCCAUUGGCGCCCUUCAGGAGGCCAGCGAAGCAUACCUUGUGGGUCUGUUUGAGGACACCAACUUGUGUGCCAUCCAUGCCAAGAGGGUGACCAUCAUGCCCAAGGACAUCCAGCUGGCUCGCAGAAUAAGGGGAGAGAGGGCUUAAGAUGCCAGCCAUGGGACCCUUUCAGGGGGAUUCAUCAUAUUUAUCAUAUUUCACACUAUUUUUGUUUGUGGACAUUUUUAUUUCUUGUACCUAUUCUGUUCCUAUGUGUUUAUAGACCAGAUCAAAAGGUGUCAUUCUGCAACUUGACAUGUUUUAGAGUGAGUGACUGAUUGGUUCAGACCUGCUCCCAGGUGGUGGGUUCAGGACUGGGUCUUGUCCAGUUCUGUCCUAGUUCCCACAUGGAUUGACCAGAUCAGAACUGGAUUUAGUCUGGGAAUCGGGCUUUUUUUAAAAUGUCCUCGUCCUGAGUGGCAAGGCACAGCACACAUUCCAUCUUGUUGAAUGAGGCCUUUUGGUAAAGGAUCAGGUUGCUCAGAUGGUGUUCUCUGUUAGAAUGUGAUGGGUGUUGCUGACCUGCCAUUGGGGUUCAAAGGCUCUCUUCAUGCAAUAACUCUUUGACUGGCAGUCUGUUUAACUUCACCUCAUUUUCUGUGUUCCAACUUGGGUCUUGGAGAAAUUGUAUAUUGAUUGCUUUUUGUCAUUUUUAUUUUUUUUCCAAUAUAAAACUUGGCAGCUACAUUGAAUACUAUUUAUGAAAAUGUUAUCACAUUGUAGACUUUCUAUUAAACGACAUGGGUCAAACCAGA